UCUGCCGUGCCCAGCCGUCACUUGAUUAGCUGAUGUCGCCAAGUAUACAUUCUCAUAGUUAGCGAACAACCCAUGGAAGCAGAUGACCAUGUCUGAAUAUUCAAUGGAUAUUCCAAACUUGGUAAUAAGUCAACACAUCAGUCGUGUGGAGGAAACACUAGUUUGAUUUCUUUUCACGCAUACUGGAGUAUAUGUUAUACAUUGUGACAGUGAACAUGUGCCAAGAGAGUGUCUUGUACCAGCAAUAUUGUUACAAAGAUGUUCUACAGUCAAGGGAGGCUAUCUGAGCGUGUGUUAUUGGAUAUAUGACACGAUCCAGAUAAAUAGGUAAAGGGUUACCAAAGCCGGUUUGAGAUAAACAGUUUGGACGAUGUCUCUGGGACGGAAAUAUGACGUAAAUCGGCAGACCUCGUUAUUGUUGCGAGAAGAUACGCCGGGAAAGUACCGAAAGCUAACUGACAAUGAGAUAGAUUUGGAAAGGGACUGGUCACGUAUACAGGUCAAUGGCAACAUGACACCAUACCUUAGAGAUGGCAGCAGCACAGAUCUAGCUACGCCCAAGGAGCAAAACACACGGGAGGGAAGUCCUAGUUCGGUACACUCACUCGAGAGAGAUGUGAAGAAGAGCAAGGGGGGAAGAUUGUGGAAAACAAAGAAGUCGAAAUCGUUGUCCAGUAGAGAAGAACUACAGGUGAGGGAGCCAUCUGUGGAAGCGCAGGGAGUGGAAUCGGGGAUCGCGCCUGCAAACAAAGGUGCAACAUCCUUUCAGGACGAAAAUAUCACGUCACUUGACGUUUCUGUUGUUGCUGAUACCAACGCCGAGGUGGAUGUGGUGGAGGCUGAUCAUGCCCACAUCACGGACCCAGCACUUGCUGACAGUUUAGGGGAGACAGAGGUCACGAGUGAAAGGAAAGGUGAGCAGCCUGAAGAAAGAACCAGUAACGGACCUGGCGUUAAAGUCAAAACAGAAAGAGGAAAAAAGGAAAAGAACAUUAAAAACAAAGACAAAAAGAAGCAAAAACACAAGAAGAAUACCUGUGAAGUUCACAAGAAUGGGAAGCCCCGCGAAGAAGGUAAGAUAAGGAAAAUAUUUGACAUUGGUAAGAAGAAAUCUGAUGACAUAAUGAGCAGCCCUCGUCACUGCCGAAGCUGCACAUGUGAUGCCGCUGCCGCUCACGUAAAUGUCCACCAUGAUACAUCUGAUACCUCGAGCGUGUCAUCCUCUCACUCUGAGGAAAACAAUUUCCUCUCUGUGAAGAGUAUCGAGACUACCAGUCUGUCCUCAUCUCACCACUCUGAGUCGUCCAGCACCAUCUCCAGCAGGACACUCACAGACAAACACAACACGUCCUCGGACAGAGCGUCACUCUCUUCACAUUUAUCAGCGUCAUGCAGCAAGGGGAAGACGAAGCCCCAGAAGCCACGGAGAAUGCCGAAGACGCCGCCAUCAACAUCAGAGCCUGCCGAGCGGAAGAUUGAACCGGAUGCGUCUAUAGAGCAGGUGUGUCACGAUGACGUUGCGUCAGCACCACCUGCAGACAAGGUACCAGAGAAGAAGGAACUGCGUCGUCUGUACCCACAAGUAGACGGGGAUGUGGUGGCAGGGGGGGUGUCCCUCGGGUACAUCAGUCUGUCCUUUGACUCCCCGGGGAUGCUUCAAGAAGGGAACAUGAUCCAGAUUCUGGGCAGUGUCGGACAUAGCCGUGAGUCGGACGUCGACACCGGGACGUAUGUUUGUCUAGAUGAAGUCAAGAAAGAUGGCGUCCCCAGGAUAUCAGCUGAUGAAGGUCCUGGCCACGCCACCCAACUGGCAUCACAAGCAGACCCCCAGCCUUCACCGACCGCCACAGUCACUCGUGAGCUGCAGCCUCACAUGUCCAGUACUUCAGACUGCGCCCCUAGGGUGGGGGUGAACGUACGUGGGGGUGGUCUUCCUCUCAGAACUGUUCCCCUCGAAAGGGCCAUGGCGUGCCAGAUGGAAUUGCGCCCUCCAGCAGGGUUCAAAGAACGUGAUACCCCCGAGGAUGAUGUUGGUGUCGUGAUGGCGGUGCCGGGUAGGCAAUCUAACAGCUGCAAUGUCGACAAUAUUAUUGUCGCUGCUGGGACACGUGAUGGGGAUGCAGCUAUUGAUAACAGAGAGAAUGUAACACAAAAUGCUGGAUCAGAUGGUCCAAACGCCGAUUCACCUGGUGGUGAAGUGGCUAUUACGUCACCGAGAUCCCCUGUCCCACAGAUGCCGCUACCCGCGCCUGACGGUGCAAGCGACAAAGGGGUUACGACGGAGGGUAAUAACAUUUAUCUCCCUGGAGCUCCGGAUACCGUUACGGAUGCCACAUCACAGGAAAGUGAUUCUUCAGGAAUGGUAAGGCCAGCGUCCGAUCGUGUAAAGAAUGGUCCAUCUGGAGGCGAGCUGCAAUCGUCAACGUCCGAGUCUGAGACAAGCUCCUCCAGUGGUAGUGGUUUCAGGAAGUAUAAGACUAAACUGAAGAUAGAGAAACCCAAGAGAAAGGGGAAAGACAAGACAAGUAAAGAUAUGAAGAAGGACAAAGUUGUGGAGAACGAGGCCAGCCAAAUAUCAAAAGCAACAUUUUCUCAAAAUCUGCUGAAUAUGAGGGAUCCUGAACCACCUGGGGGCAUUCGACGAGCUGAAAAAGUGGAGAAUAUUUUAAAAAGCACCGAUGAUCGACGGCUCGAAACUCUGGACGCAGGUACUAGUUCUGGUGGCAGACCAUCUCCGGUAACAGGUCACGUGAAGAGUGAACACGGAACUAACAUUUCUGGCAUUGGUCUGAAGGCUCCAGAGCUUGAAGCUGAAUCUGAGGUGAAGGUCCAUGCACCAGAUAUUUGCCCUCCUACUAUAAGUGUUCAAGGGGAGGGAAGUGGCAACCCCCAUGUUGAGGGAAAUGUCAGCGCCCCUCAACAAACAGUGCACGUACCAAUACCCGUUCUAGGCAUGUCAACUGUCAGCCAAGGAGAUGCAUCUCGCCCACACUCGUCACUGAAAGACAGAGGCAUGAGUUCCGACAGUGAAAGCAGCUUCUCCUCCACGGAUGACAUAAGGAAGAAAACGGGGAAGAAGCACAGGUUCAGUGAAUACAGCUCUGAGGGUACCUGUGACAGGUCUCUGUCCCCCUUCACCCCCCUCUCCUCACACUCCCCAUUAAACGUGUCACAGAGCCUAGCAGCCACAUCAAACCCCAAUCUGAAUGGAUUCGACACGCUCGAAGCCUCGUUCACCCACUCCACACCAUCUCGGGCCAUGGAGGCCGACGUGCCAGCAAUUGUGCGCCAUCGUGGACAUUUUGUUGUGGUUGCCAUAGAUUUCGGAACCACCUUUAGUGGAUAUGCACUGAGUUUUGUCCGUGACCCUGAAAGUGUGCACAUGAUGCGGAACUGGGAGGGGGGUGAUCCAGGGGUCAUCAACCAGAAGACCCCCACCACCAUCCUCCUCACCCCCGAGGGACAUCUUGACUCUUUCGGAUUUACGGCCCGAGAUCGAUACCACAACCUGACCCCUGACGAAGCCAGGAAGUGGAUGUACUUCGAGAGGUUCAAGAUGGUGCUCCACCAUAAUGCCGACCUGACCAAGGACACGAUGCUAACGGCCAGCAAUGGUGAGAUGUUCCCCGCACUGAGGGUUUUCGCCCUGGCCCUCCGCUUCUUCAAGGAACACGCUCUUCAGCAGCUGUCUGACCAGUCAGGGAUAACCGUCAUCAACGAUGACGUCAGAUGGGUCAUCACUGUGCCUGCCAUCUGGAAGGCUCCAGCCAAGCAGUUCAUGAGGCAGGCUGCAUACGAGGCCGACCUCGUCUCCCCAGACUGUCCUGACCAGCUUCUGAUUGCUCUAGAGCCGGAAGCUGCAUCCAUCUACUGUCGCAAACUGCGCAUGUAUCAACUGAUCCCUGAGUAUCCAGAGAGGCUCCCCCUACAGUCGCCUAGAUACUCUCUGCCUGUACCUAUCAACGACGGCCUUGCCUGCACAGAUGCCAGGGACGAUGUCGCCCGUCCCCCCUUCGAUCUGCCCCCCGACCAUCCCCUGGAGAGUAAGAUUAAAGGAACUCGGUACAUGGUCGUGGACUGUGGAGGCGGGACAGUGGACAUCACGGUGCAUGAACUAGGGAACGACAACAAACUGACGGAGCUCUACAAGGCUACUGGGGGACCUUAUGGUGCAACAGCGGUGGACGAUGAGUUUGUGAACCUGCUGUGUGAUAUUUUCGGCCACGACUUCAUCGCUCACUACCGGGCCAAGUACCCAGUCGGCUGGGUCAACCUCAUGAUCAACUUCGAGUCUCGGAAGCGUUCAGCGAGCCCCUACAAGAACAACUCCCUGAACGUGUCUCUGCCCUUCACAUUCAUUGACUACUAUAAGAAGCAGAAGGGGGGCCACAUCGACAGUGUUGUGAAGCGGUACGGCAACAAGGAGAUCUGCUGGUCGUCGGAGGGGAUGCUGCGACUCAGCCCACACGCCAUGAGGUGUCUGUUCGUCCCCGUCAUGGAGAAGAUCAAACACGCCAUCGGGGACGUCCUCAAUAACCCGGACGCCAGACAUCUGAAAUUCCUGUUCCUGGUGGGAGGAUUCGCCGAGUCAGCCACAUUGCAGUAUGAAGUCCGCAAGGAGUUCUCCGCUAUCCUUAAAGUUCUCAUCCCCACUGGAGUCAGCCUGGCCAUACUGAAAGGCGCAGUGUUGUUUGGCCUUGAUCCAACAGUUGUCAAUAUCAGAAGGUCAAGGUUGACGUAUGGGGUUGGCGUUCUUAACCGAUUCAACCAGUCCCGUCAUCCAUCCAGUAAGCUUGUUCACAGAGACGGUGUUGAUUGGUGCACUGAUGUGUUUGACGUGUUUGUUCAUGAGGAUGAACCAAUCACAUUAGGCGACACAGUUAUUCGUAGUUACACGCCUGCAAAGGCCAAUCAGAUGGUUAGUGUCAUACAUAUCUACUCGAGUGACAGUAAAGACUCAGCUUUCAUCACAGACCCCGGUGUGAGGAAGUGUGGCAGUUUGUGUCUGGACUUAUCGGAUGAAGAUGCUGACCACCUGCCGACUCGACGUGAGAUUCAGGCCAGGAUGAUGUUCGGGGACACGGAGAUUAAAGUGAGCGCCAUGGAUGUCGCUACAGGACGAUGUGUCCGAGCUAGCAUUGAUUUCCUCAACAAGUGAUAUAUAUGUACUUCACACCUAACUAAUCUAAUUUACCGCAUUGAUGACUAUCUACGGGGAAGUAAUUCGGAGUAAUGAUCCGUGUAAUUGUGUUUUGACCUUUUGUGUAGAGGUAAGGAUUCUAAUUGACCACACCUGACAUGGUUAGUUCUUGUCACUGAACGUGACAGUAAUACAUUUGACUAGAGAGCAGUGUGUCAGUUGUAAGACCAACAGUGCCUCCAAAACAAACAGUGUGGGCAGCCUGGUGGGACUGUGGUCAGAGGACUUCCUUGUAGUGACACUAUCAAGGUCUUCCUGCGCGUGUUUCAUGCGUCUUAAUGCCGGCUCUACCAUUGUAUCAAUGAAAGAUGUGAGGACAUACUUAGUGAUCUAGAAUGUUCCUUUAAAGUCGAAUAUGUUCAUAACACUGAGCGACACCGCGAUCAAAUUACGAUCAAGAAAGUUUUCCCAUAAAUUUUGAUUCUGGAAUUUUCACAGUCGUAGCAUUAACAUGAUCACGUAACCGGGGAUCUGGUGUAUGCCAGUGAGUCUUGUGUAAUAUAGGCAAUGUUACCGUGGUGCUAACAUCGUCCUGGCCGUUUGAAACUCAUUACAAUAAUUUGCCAUUUCAUGUCUGAAAUGAAACAAAAUUUGCAUGAAAAUUGUUUUUCUAUGUAUUUCUAUAUGUGGGUGAAAACUUGGCUGGAAGUUAGUUAAAGGAUACAACGUUUGAAAUAAUUGAAGAAAUAUGUUGUGAGGACUAGUGUAGCGCACCUCUAGUUAUGUGGUUGUUGGGUCUGGUCUAUGUUGGCUGAUGUUACAAUCGGCGUACCAACAUCUUGCCUCCAUCGGGUGCAGCAGUCAUGUGCCAAUAUCGGACCACCGCCACAAGUGGCAAUCAGCGACGUCAUAUUCAUGUGUCUGUAUUAUAUAUUCCUGUAUGACAAUAAACUACUCUUUCAUAGAA